AUGGGCUCCUCGCAGAGCGUCGAGAUCCCAGGCGGGGGCACAGAAGGCUACCACGUCCUGCGGGUACAAGAAAAUUCCCCAGGACAUAGAGCUGGACUGGAGCCAUUCUUUGAUUUUAUUGUUUCUAUUAAUGGUUCAAGAUUAAAUAAAGACAAUGAUACUCUUAAGGAUCUACUGAAAGCAAAUGUUGAAAAACCUGUGAAGAUGCUUAUCUACAGUAGUAAAACACUGGAGCUGCGAGAGACCUCAGUUACACCAAGUAACAUGUGGGGUGGACAGGGCUUGUUGGGAGUCAGCAUUCGUUUCUGCAGCUUUGAUGGGGCAAAUGAAAACGUUUGGCAUGUGUUGGAAGUGGAAUCAAAUUCUCCUGCAGCACUGGCUGGUCUUAGACCUCACAGUGAUUAUAUCAUUGGAGCAGAUACAGUCAUGAAUGAGUCUGAAGAUCUAUUCAGCCUUAUUGAAACACAUGAAGCAAAACCAUUGAAACUUUAUGUGUAUAAUACAGACACUGAUAACUGUCGAGAAGUGAUUAUUACACCAAAUUCUGCAUGGGGUGGAGAAGGCAGCCUAGGAUGUGGCAUUGGAUAUGGUUAUUUGCAUCGAAUACCUACACGCCCAUUUGAAGAAGGAAAGAAAAUUUCUCUUCCAGGACAGAUGACCGGUACACCGAUUACUCCUCUUAAAGAUGGGUUUACGGAGGUCCAGCUGUCCUCAGUUAAUCCCCCGUCUUUGUCACCACCAGGAACUACAGAAAUUGAACAGAGUCUGUCUGGACUUUCUAUUAGUUCAACUCCACCAGCUGUCAGUAAUGUUCUCAGUACAGGUGUACCAACAGUACCAUUAUUGCCACCACAAGUAAACCAGUCCCUCACAUCUGUGCCGCCGAUGAACCCAACUACCACGUUACCAGGUCUGAUGCCUUUACCAGCCGGUCUCCCGAGCCUGCCUGUCCUCCCCAAUCUGAACCUGCCCGCUCCGCCUGUCGUGCCAGCUGUCAGCUUACCGGAACUUGUGAACCCGGGUUUGCCGCCUCUUCCUUCCCUGCCUCCCCGAAACUUACCAGGCCUUGCCCCUCUCCCCAUGCCAUCCGAGUUCCUGCCGUCAUUCCCUUUGGUUCCAGAGGUCUCUCCCGCAGCAGGCUCCGCAGAGCUGCUCUCCUCUAUCCCACCCGCCGGCAGCCCACCCUCCGACCCCGUCCUGACCACUGCACGGGCAGACGCCGCCUCCGCACUCACUGUGGACGUGACACCCCCCACUCCCAAGGCCCCGGCCACUGUGGAGGACAGAGUCAGCGACUCUGCCCCAGCCAGCGAGAAGCCCAUCUCAGCGGUUACGGUUACAGACGCAUUUGCCUCUGAGUCACCUUAG